CCAUUUACAGCUAUACACUUGCACAUUGAAAAAGAAAGCUAAAGCUUCCAAUCUCUAGAGAGAGAGAAUAAAAAAACCAUUUUUUUUCUACUGUUACACUCUCUUUCUGUCGGUCAAUUCGAUCCAAAUCUCUUUUAUUUAGUUCUGAAUCUUGUUUCAUUGUCUCAUUACUUCACUUGGGAUUCAUUGCUCAAUUGGGUUCUGUCUCUUUCCUUCACUUUCCCUUGUUGGGGUGUUUUGAUCCAGCUCCUGGCUUCAUUGCCCACAGAAUUUCAUUGAUGAAUCUCAUUUGGUGACAAAGCAAGGAUUUUUGAGCUCUUAUGCAGAUCCAGAUUUCAAUUGUAGUAUAAAGGAGCUGGUUCUGGAGUGGGACUAGGAGUGGAUAAGAAGAAAGGAAUAAGAAAGUGCAUGAGGGUUUAAAUUAAUGUGUGGAUCUUGUUGAGCUUGAAGUACCACUUGUUCCAUUUUAUUGGAAUCUGGACAGAGCUAAGUUGGAGCUUAUGAUGGAGUCAGAUGGGGAAGCUGGGGAAAAGUCAAUGAAGGCAUUGGGUGGCAAAGUCUGCCAGAUAUGCGGCGAUAACGUCGGGAACACUGUGAGUGGUGAACCAUUCAUUGCUUGCGAUGUCUGCGCUUUCCCUGUCUGCAGGGCGUGCUAUGAGUAUGAAAGGAAGGAUGGGAACCAGUCUUGCCCCCAGUGCAAAACUCGGUACAAGAAGCACAAAGGUAGUCCUGCUAUUCUUGGAGACCAGGAGGAUGUUGGCACUGAUGAUGGUGCCAGUGACUUCAAUUACAAUUUAGAAAAUCAGAGCCAAAAGCAAAAGAUUGCAGAGCGUAUGUUGAGCUGGCAAAUGGCAUAUGGUCGAGCUGAGGAGGUUGGUGCUCCAAAUUAUGAUAAGGAAGUUUCUCACAAUGACAUCCCUAUGCUGACCAGUGGAACACAGGUAUCUGGAGAAUUAUCUGCGGCCUCACCUGAGAGGAUGUCUAUGGCAUCUCCUGGAGUUGCACGUGGGAAGCGUGUCCACAAUCUUCAAUAUUCAUCUGAACUUAGUCAAUCAUCUAAUAUUAGGUCUGUGGAACCAGGAUUUGGCAAUGUUGCAUGGAGAGAGAGAGUUGAUGGCUGGAAACUGAAGCAAGAUAAAAAUGCUGUUCCAAUGAGCACAGGCCAAGCCACUUCUGAACGAGGAACUGCAGAUAUUGAUGCUAGUACCGAUGUGCUUGUGGAUGAUUCUUUGCUGAAUGAUGAAGCUCGGCAACCUCUCUCCAGGAAGGUUUCCCUCCCAUCAUCUAGGAUAAAUCCAUACCGUAUGGUCAUUGUUCUGCGGCUUAUUAUCCUCUGCAUUUUUUUGCAUUAUCGAAUCACAAAUCCUGUGGAGAAUGCAUAUGCAUUGUGGUUGAUAUCUGUUAUCUGUGAGAUUUGGUUUGCCAUAUCAUGGAUAUUUGAUCAAUUCCCCAAGUGGCUUCCUGUGAACCGUGAAACAUAUCUUGACAGGCUUGCUCUAAGAUAUGACCGGGAAGGGGAACCAUCACAGCUUGCAGCUCUUGACAUUUUUGUCAGUACUGUUGAUCCAUUAAAGGAGCCGCCACUCGUGACUGCCAAUACUGUGCUAUCUAUUCUUGCUGUUGACUACCCAGUAGAUAAGGUCUCCUGUUAUGUCUCUGAUGAUGGUGCUGCUAUGUUGACAUUUGAAGCUCUGGCUGAGACAUCAGAAUUUUCAAGGAAAUGGGUUCCUUUCUGCAAGAAAUAUUCAAUUGAACCCCGAGCACCUGAGUUCUAUUUUUCAAAGAAGAUUGACUACUUGAAAGAUAAGGUUCAACCAUCAUUUGUCAAAGAUCGUAGAGCAAUGAAGAGAGAAUAUGAAGAAUUUAAAAUCCGUGUCAAUGGACUUGUUUCAAAGGCACAGAAAAUUCCUGACGAAGGAUGGGUGAUGCAAGAUGGUACACCUUGGCCUGGAAACAAUACCAGAGACCAUCCAGGAAUGAUCCAGGUUUUCUUGGGCCAAAGUGGAGGACUUGAUACUGAGGGCAAUGAACUUCCACGUUUAGUCUAUGUUUCUCGUGAAAAGCGUCCAGGGUUUCAACAUCACAAGAAGGCUGGUGCCAUGAAUUCACUUGUUCGAGUAUCAGCUGUCCUUACUAAUGGACCUUUCUUAUUGAAUCUUGAUUGUGAUCAUUAUAUAAACAACAGCAAAGCCUUGAGAGAAGCUAUGUGCUUUAUGAUGGAUCCCAACCUUGGGAAAAAUGUUUGCUAUGUCCAGUUUCCACAGAGGUUUGACGGUAUUGAUAAGAAUGAUCGAUAUGCCAACCGUAAUACUGUUUUCUUUGAUAUAAACUUGAGAGGUUUGGAUGGAAUUCAAGGCCCUGUUUAUGUGGGCACUGGAUGUGUCUUUAAUAGAACAGCUUUAUAUGGUUAUGACCCUCCUGUUAAACCCAAGCAUAAAAAGAAUGGGUUGCUUUCUUCACUUUGCGGUGGAGAUCGAAAGAAGAGCUCAAAAUCUCAAAAGAAAGGCUCAAAAAAUAAAAAAUCCAGCAAACAUGCUGACCCAACUGUGCCCGUUUUCAGUCUAGACGAUAUAGAAGAAGGGGUGGAAGGUGCUGAAUUUGAUGAUGAGAAAUCACUAUUGAUGUCACAAAUGAGCCUCGAGAAACGAUUUGGUCAGUCUGCUGUUUUUGUUGCCUCUACACUAAUGGAAAAUGGUGGUGUUCCCCAGUCCGCGACUCCAGAAACACUUCUUAAGGAAGCUAUUCAUGUUAUAAGUUGUGGUUAUGAGGAUAAAACAGAUUGGGGAAAUGAGAUAGGAUGGAUCUAUGGCUCUGUCACAGAAGAUAUUCUUACUGGGUUCAAGAUGCACGCCCGUGGUUGGAGGUCUAUAUACUGCAUGCCCAAGCUUGCAGCAUUCAAAGGUUCUGCUCCUAUCAAUCUUUCAGAUCGUUUGAACCAAGUGCUACGUUGGGCUUUAGGAUCAGUGGAAAUUCUUCUAAGUCGACAUUGUCCUAUCUGGUAUGGCUAUAGUGGAAGGCUAAAGUGGCUCGAACGGUUCGCCUAUGUGAACACCACCAUCUAUCCAAUCACUUCCAUUCCCCUUCUCAUGUAUUGUACCUUACCUGCUAUCUGUCUCCUGACCAACAAGUUCAUUAUUCCACAGAUUAGUAACCUUGCAAGUAUAUGGUUUAUCUCUCUCUUUCUUUCCAUCUUUGCAACCGGUAUCCUUGAGAUGAGGUGGAGUGGUGUUGGAAUUGACGAGUGGUGGAGAAAUGAACAAUUUUGGGUUAUUGGUGGUGUUUCAGCCCAUCUCUUUGCCGUGUUCCAAGGUUUACUCAAAGUGCUGGCCGGAAUUGACACUAACUUCACUGUUACCUCAAAGUCAUCAGAUGAAGAUGGAGACUUCGAAGAACUCUACAUGUUUAAAUGGACAACACUUCUCAUUCCACCCACAACACUUCUCAUCAUUAACAUGGUGGGGGUUGUUGCAGGAAUCUCCUAUGCCGUUAACAGCGGGUACCAAUCAUGGGGUCCCCUCUUUGGUAAGCUUUUCUUUGCAUUUUGGGUGAUUGUCCAUCUCUACCCCUUCCUCAGAGGUCUCAUGGGACGCCAGAACAGAACACCAACCAUUGUGGUGGUCUGGUCCAUUCUGCUUGCAUCCAUCUUUUCACUUUUGUGGGUCCGAAUCGACCCGUUUACAACCAAAGUCACUGGCCCUAAGGUUGAGGAGUGUGGAAUCAACUGCUAGAAAAAGAAAAGGCUGGCAGAUUGAAUAACCUUUCAAGUUUCAACACACCUAGCUCAACCAACAACAAAAAAUGUUGUAAUUGUCUUGCAAUUCUUUCGGUCACAGGUUACAGCUUUUGCUAUUUGUUCAUGCAUUUUUGAAUUAUGAUGUGCAAUUGAUGGUCUAUACAGAAGAAAAUCAUAGAAUCGAAUAAGUUAAUGUUAUUUAUUUAUUUUUUUGAAUACUUUGGAACAUACCUUCAAUUUUUUUUGGAGAAGUUGUAAACUUGUAACAGUUCUUAAACCAUUCAUUAGAAGACCACAUUCUUGUAAACAUCUCUGCAAUCUUGCUGAGUUUUCUUUUUGAUUUCACGGCAAUACAACAUAAGUAACCUCUGCAUGUGCAGACACACACUUUCUCAUA